CCAACGCGAUUACGGACUCCGUUGCCAGCCAACAACAAUCGGCGGCCCAAGUCUCCGGCAACUGAGUUGAUCCCGCUUCGGGCCUUUUAGCUGCCGUUCCAGCUCAUUCUUGAAUCGGGCCCAGAACUCGGGAGAGUCUCUCCCCCGACCGAGCCACAUGGCUCAACCUCUCACAGCCCCUGCUGUUGAACCCUUUGCUCCUUUGACGCACAGUGGCGUUCAGAUGCCGCAGAGUUUCUGGCGAGGGUGGCUUCACGACUGGGACAAGUAUAGUGGAGCCGAUGGAGUGCUGGGACCGGGUCACAACGGCCACGGCCUUGAGCAGCCGGGUGACCCCGAAACUGGCCCCGUUCGGCGUGUCCCCCGGAAAGUUGUCCCCGGCCUGCCGCGGACUCAAACCUUCAAGAGGCAGCGCUCCGAGGUGCGGAGCCGGCUGGAACCAGUCCACCCUACCCACGCCGAACGAAGAGCGGUCUCCGUGGACAGGCGAGUGAAUGGUUUCAGCUGCCCUCUUGACCACUCCGACCCGCGGGCCAGCGCUCCCGAUUUCCUACACCCCCGCCCCAGCAACCCGCCUUCUCCGUCGCCCCCCACGAGCCCACCAGAUCGCUUCCUCGGCUACCCCGGAGAUCUGGACAGCUUUGACCCGGAGGGGGAUCCGGCUGACGGCGAACUUGUUCACGACCCAGACACGUUUUCCAGGGUGGACGUCCAGUCGAUGACCACCUCACAGUAUGACGCCUUGAUUGAGCGCGAGCUAGAACGCAAAUGGAUCCUCAAUCUGUCUAUGCACUUCCGGGACAAGUCCAAGCGGGAGAAGUUCUUCGUUACCUUCCGCCAACACGAGCACCUCUGGCGACGCGUCACGGUCUCGGUCGACUACCGCAACGCCCCGGAGAACUCCCUCGAGGCAGAUCUCGCCCGCACUCAGUAUCAACGGGACAAGAGCGCCAAGAUCUACGAGGCGAUUCGGGAAAGCCUGCACGAGAUUGACUUCUACGAUACCGUCACCAAUCUCAAGCUGGAGACGAGGGAUGGGAGACUACAUGUUCAUGUCGUCGAGGACGUCAAUGAGAUCAUCAGUUACCCCCCAGUCCGCACGGUCCAACAUCUGAACUGCAGACGAGUCAGGGAGCGGGAGCUUCAUUUCGAUUCCCACUUGUCCGGAUUCGUCUACAGAGUCCGAGUCCACGGCAGGCUGCUCAUCAAGAAGGAGAUUCCUGGCCCAGACACGGUCGACGAGUUCCUCUACGAGAUCAACGCGCUCAACCAGCUAUACCAUGCGAAGAACGUGAUCAGGUUCUACGGUAUCGUCGUCGACGACGGGGAGCAACACGUCACCGGCCUCUUGAUCAGCUAUGCCCCGCGCGGCGCCCUCAUCGAUGUCAUCUACGACAACGACCACGCCCUGCCCUGGACCAGGCGAGAAAAAUGGGCACGCCAGAUUGUCGGUGGCCUGUCCGAGAUUCACGAGGCCGGCUUUGUUCAGGGUGACUUUACCCUAUCCAACAUCGUUAUCGAUGAGAACGACGAUGCCAAGAUCAUCGACAUCAACCGACGCGGUUGCCCCAUCGGGUGGGAGCCGCCGGAAGCCACGCCGCUGAUCGAGAGCGAGCAGCGAAUCUCCAUGUACAUAGGCGUCAAGUCCGAUCUUUACCAGCUCGGUAUGGUUCUCUGGGCCCUGGCGACACAGGAGGAUGAGCCCGAUGCUUUUGGCCGCCCUCUGAUCAUCGGAUCAGACGUCGAGGUACCAGCGUGGUACAGACGGGUCGUCGAUAUCUGUCUCAGCGCUGAUCCCAGGGACCGUGUCCAGGCUGCACAGCUGUUGUCAUGGUUCCCAGAGCCAGAAGAAGGCAAUCAGCGUGGGCCCCCUAACGGGGCUUCCAGGUCCUUGAACGGCGACGAUGUCUACCGCUACGACUACGUGUCUCCCAGGGGGCUCCCGCGGAUCAAGACCGUUCACCCACCGAGCGACUGGACUCACAAGGGAUGGGCCAACCACCACCCGGCUGACGACGGGUUCUCCUACCCCAGCAGAGGGAGAUCGCCGGCUUCACCUAUGCCGAGCAACCAGGGGGACUACUACGAUCCCGCGCGAUACGGGUAUCCGACGUAUGCUUGGUCGGACGGCCAUAAUCAUGUAGUACCGGUUGUGCCUUCUGUUAGCGACGUGCGAGCGAACGAGUCGAAGGGAAAGUCGACCUGGGGGAGGUGCCGGGACAGUGAGCCAAAUUUGGAGACAUACGCCGCCGGUCGUCACAGAGUCAGCGGAAGCGCCACGGAAACAAAUAGGGAUGAUGAGUCACUUGGGACUCGAGGCCGAUCGCUGUUAGUGAAAGAACGGUAUGAGGGGAAAACAGGACCCGCAGAUCAUGACGAGCGCAGUCUAGUCUCGACCUCGGCAUGGGAACCGCCGAGGAACCGGCGUCCGGGAAAGGGUACGGAUGAUAUGGGAAAUGGUGACAAAAUCCAGAGCAAGGGGAACACGGGACCCGAAUCGCAGGCCGACAGCGGCAAGGACGUUGCAGAGAGGGCCAGCACCCCACGGGAGCAAAGAGGAGGAUGGCGCGCCGAGAGUUCGGAACGAUCCCGGUCUUCUUCCUCUCGGGCCAGAAACGGCAGGUCGACUAUCGAACUAGAAUCGCGCCGGGGCGGCCAGCGAGGGACUGCUCCUUUAACCGUCGCCAAACAAACGGCACGCAGCCGUUCUAGCAGCACGUACAGCGGUAACCACCGGGAGGAACCCGGGGCUGACCGCGAAGGUCGCAUGUACAGGGGUGCGCGGGCACACGAGUCUGACACAAGUUCCCGCCCAGCAUCGCCAGCCCUGCUGCGGCCUACGCGCUCUGGCUACGACCGAGCAGACGACGACCUGAAAGGAAUCGGCUCAGCACACGGCCCAGCCUUGCGUGGCCCUUAUGGAUUUGAUCACGGCAGCGAGACACGGCGCCAUGAGAUCAUCAUUGACGAGGACUUGACUUCAGAGUUGGAUAAAGGAUUGAGGGAGACGUCUCCAAAGGGCGACCGUCGGCGGUGAAAAAAAUCUCGCAGUGCGCUUUGAUUUCUUUCGCGAGCUUGAUAUAGGAGUUUUUUUCUCGGAGUGUUGUUUGUCCCUUGUUUCUUAUAUAUUUUCAUAUUCCGUUCUGGUACUUACACCAU